AAUUGGAACGGGACGAUUUUGUCAUUGACAACCAUAGAAGGGUGAACUUUUCCACAUAAUUUAGCUUAAAUUGGAGAUGAUUAUUAAACAUAAAAAGAAAAAAGAGGAAUAAAUUUGAAAACUUGAGAACUGUGAUAACGUUUUGCUGUAAAUUAACAUGAUUUAAAUGACUGUGCCACGAAAUUGGGACAACUUUAUCAGUUAAUAGAUCAGUUCAGAUUACACAUUAAACAAAUUUUCUACAAAAUGGCUACUGGUAGUCAAAUAGAUACAGAUAUUCUUUCAGAUGAAAUAUUUGAUGUAUUAUGUUCAAUGUGUAAAAAUAAAGGAAAAAAUACUGAAGGCGAAAAAUUCUGUGUAGAUUGUCACGAUUACUUUUGUAGAAGUUGUGUUCAAGUUCACAAUGAAGUACCUGUAUUAGUUGGUCACAAAGUGUUGGAUAAAUCCCAAGUUAAAUCAGGAACCAGCAAAGGUUUGCCGAGGGCACCAACAGAGAGAUGUGACAGACACAGUCAUAAACACAUUGAUAUGUACUGUCAGAAACAUGAUAAUGUUGGCUGUUCUACAUGUAUGGCAGUUGAUCAUAGAUUAUGCAAGGAUACAUUCUACAUACCAGAAUUUAUCCAAAACAAUACUUACCAAGUUACAUCCACAGGAAUACAAACAAAACUCAAAAACAUAGCCAAGACCCUUGCUAAACAAGCUGAUAGAUUUAAACAGGAUAAACAAAGGCUGCUAAAGAGGAAAGCAGAAAUACUGGCUGCUAUCAGAAAAUUCCGUCAAGAAAUCAAUGACCAUCUUGACAAGCUGGAGAAAAGUUCUAUAGAUGAGAUAGAUGAUAAGGUAAAAAAACUUGAAGACAAGAUAGAAGAUGGUCUCAAACAGCUACAAGCAAAUAAGUCCAGGAUUACAUCAGCUAAUGAUAAAUUAGCAUCUUAAAGCACAAAUCAAGCUGAAGUGUUUGUUUAUGUUAAGAUGGCAGAGGAUGCUGCAAAUGUUGCCAACAAAUAUAUGGAGCAUGCCAAAAUGAAAAGUACAGUAGAAGACAUAGAAUUUCAACGUGAUAGAACAAUUGUUACACAGUUAGAAGAAAAGAAAACCCUGGACACAUUAACAGAGAAGCUUACAAAGUCUCCUGUUAAUUUAUUUCAGAUUAAAGGAAAUCAAUCAUAUAAUGUAAAAGUUAAUUCUGAUAAUAUCGAUUGUAAUAUCACCAGUGCCUGCUGUAUGGAAGAUGGUACAAUAAUUUUAGCUGAUUACAACAACAACAAGCUUAAACGGUUACACAGUUAUAGCCGUACUGUCAGAGACUACUACCAUAUACCUGAAGAUCCAUGGACAGUGUGUAUGAUCAAUAACACAAAAGUAGCAGUACUUAUUCAUUCAAAAUGGCAAGUUCUUCUCAUUUCUCUAGAAGGCAAAAUGAAAACAACAAACAAGUUUAAAACUGAUUUUAAAAGUAAUCGUCUUGCAUAUGCAAACAAUAAUUUAUAUAUUUCAGAAAUGGACACAGCAUCAGUAUAUAUGUAUACUUUGUCUGGUAGGAAGCUUAAACAGUUCGGACAUAAGCUGCUCUCUUCCUUACACAGUCUAGCUGUCAGUAAGGAUGCUACAAGGAUUUAUGUUGCUGACUAUAAUAAUGGACUUAUAGUACUAGAUAACAAUAGCCAGGUUAUUACAGCAUUUAAUGAUGGACAAUUAAAGGGGGCUAACUGUUGCUAUCUCACUGAAGCAGGUAGUGUGCUGGUAUCUGGAGUAGUCUCCAAUAAUGUUUUACAGUUUACACCUGAUGGUGAUUUGAUAGGAGAAGUUAUUAAAGCUGAUGGUAGAAAAGAGAAAAUUAAUUCAGUCUGUUGUAAUCAACAAAUGACAAAGAUGUGUAUAAGCAGAUGGCAAGAGGACAACAUUGAAGUGUAUGAUAUCUUACCUGUAAAGUAAAUGAAUGCAAAAAAACUUCCAAUAAAAGUAAAAUAAUAUAAACAUACUGUGAUUCAUAUGUGAACAUUACAAGAAAAACUCAGAACUUAAUAACUUCAUGAAAAGUAUAUACAUGUGCAAUAUGUAAUGAUACUAGUUUAAUUGAUUGUGAAUAUACAUGAAUUAUGCUGUGAAAAAUAAUUUGGUUUAUCAAGUACAUUAUAUUGUUGCAUUAUGAUUUCAUAUAAAAUUGAUUCAUAUUUUUAUUGUAUGUUGUGUAAAUGAGAUUGUGUUAAUGAGUGAAAUAAAUGUAGAAU